AUGGCAACCUCGCUCGCUGCGCAGUUGGCGCAGGUUGCCGCCAACUCCAAAUCAACCCUCAACCUCAAAGCCCAGAGAGCCGCCCACUCCCAGUCUCUUAUUUGGGAUCGCCGAGUCGCCGCCACCCAAAGUUACCAGACCUUGUAUGCGACAUGCUUCCCAGGCUUCGAGGAGCUUUGCCAGCUCGAUAGUCGUUUUGUGCGCUUUCAAUCGACCAUCUUUGGAGAGGAGAGUCAGGGCCAGGACCGCACCCAACUGACGGCCAGCGAGAAUGAGGAGCUGGAUCGGCAAGUUGAUGCUUUCUUGCGGCUCGCCGGGAGCCGGUUGAGGCUUAUGCCGGCAAUCAAGGCGAUUGAAUGGCUGAUAAGACGAUUCCGAAUUCACGAGGAUAAUACAUCAUCGCUUCUCAAAACCUUCCUCCCCUUCCACUCUAUCCCGGCCUUCACAACGCUGCUGUCUAUCUUGCCAUCAAAGAUCCCGCAAGAGUUCCGCUUUCUCGACCCUUACAUUCGAUCACUUACCCCCCCGCCACGAUCGGUCUUUGUCCACCAGGCUAUCCACCAUCCUGAUUUCUUGUCAAUUGUUUCGGAAUAUACCCUUGAAUCAUGCCGCAUGAACUUCCAGCACCCGGCUCUCAUCUCAUUCUGGGGUGGUCUUAUGACUGAGGCCGUUAGCGGAAUCGUCGAUAAGGCCAAGUCCGGUCGCGCUGCGGUCCAGAAGGAUAAUGAGCAGGCUUUGCUGCACAGGCUAGGGCCCAUCUUCGCCGAGUCGCUAGUUAUGAAGAAGGUCCCGACUCUGCAAAUCGCCUCAUAUAUGGCUCUGGCUGUUUUCGUGUCCAAAGGCGGGUUGGAGGACAUCGCCGUGACCGCAUUCAUGGAGCAGACAGUAUACGGGUGGACCUCGGACACGAUCCGCCCAGGCCUCGUGUGCCUGACGAUUAUGGCGCAACAGCGAUCCGCAAAGCAAACCAGCAACAAGGUUACUAGGGCCCUCCUCAAGGUGCCUGAGAUCGGCCCUCUGCUGGUUGAAAUUGGCCAGGAACGACGAGUUGAUAAGCUGGCGAACGGUUUAUGCUUAGCUCUUAUCGAGCGCUUUACCAAGAAGGGGGAUUCUCGAGGCCUUCCUACGAUCAUGGCAAUACUAGACAGCUCGAUUCUUAAGGAGAAGCAAGUCGCAGUGAUUUUCAAAUCGUUACUUUUGACCGCACUUAAGCUGGACGACUCGAACGACGAAGAUGGUGGCUUGCGACGAGAUCUCGGCUCCGCUUUGAUCUCACUCUCUCAAACAACCGGGCCAUCUGGUGACAUCAUCUCAUCAGUUAUCCGCGACGUCGACUUUGAUAUUGAAGAACUGGAGAUGAAGCUUGACCUCUCAUUCAGAUCUCGGAAACUGCCAGAGGCAGCCCAGGGAGACGUUGACAUGUCCGAUAGCAUUGCAGUCGUGCCAGCCAAGAAGGAUUUGGAUGCCGCAAUCGACGAACUUGCUGCCCGCAAAGGAAGCCUUUCACAUUGCCUAGCUCCACAACCCAAGGAGAUUUUCGACGAAUUUAGCCAUCUGUUCUUUUCAAUCGUGUCAGAGACGGCCGAGAAGUCUGCGUUGUUGGCCAAGUUCGAGAAUAUCCCAACGCUGAACCGCAACACGGCUUUGAAGGAUUGCACAUUUUUUAGUUUCUUCAUCCGUAUUUGGUGCGGGCCCUAUCCUGCUCUUGCUAGGGUGGCUGCGCUUGAAAUGGUGAAGAAUAGGCUCAAGGCUGAGGAAAGCAUCAAAACCGACGUCCAAGCACUCAUCCCUUACUGUGUUAUCGCACUAGGGGAUCCUUCAAAGCGAGUUCGUCAAGCCGCGGCUGGAUUGCUAGCUGCACUAGCUUUGACUUAUUCUUCUCUGGGUUCAGUCAAAGAUCUGAGCACUUGGGGUUCAGGUUCACUGUAUGGGAAGUCCGGUACCGUAUCUGCUCUCAGCCCUGAUGUGGCAGCAAAGACAUUGCAUUUGCAGCUUCUUCCCUCAAUGGAGGAAUGUGUGAUGGACGCAUCGCAUAUAUCUGCCCUCGUUGCAUCUUCAAUUGAGACAGGGAAAUACCAGAAGACCCAAGGGGCAGCUCUGGAAAAGAAAGAUCACAUGUCUCAGUCAGGAAGAUCAGCGAUCUUGUCUUUCUACGCCGGCCAUGCAGUCUCAUCCCCCUUCCUCUUGGUGAAGGAUAGGCUCAUUAAGUCUCUCAACCAGGUCAAAGCUGCAUCGAACACCUCACGCACACAAGUCUUGCUACCUGCACUAAAAUGGUGGUCAGAGCUCAAGAAAGACGAUGCUGAGGGUCGAUGUGCGGCCGAGCAUCUGGAAAGCACAGUCAUUGAUGCUCGUUUCGUCGAGGUUGUCGGGGCCAGCGAUUCGGCUGGCUUGGAGUUCCUGCUGGAAAUUCUGAGCGAUACUGAGAAGAGGCAAAGAAAUGGCCUAGUGCUGGCCAUUUUUGCCCGCAUCCGCAAGAUCUGGCCAGCAUUGAAGGACGACGUCAAAUUCAUGGUUGCGGAGCGACUUUUGGACAUUUCUCAGGAGGCCGCUUCCAGUGACGACGCUCAAGCGUUGGUUUCGGCAGAAGCAGCAGAUCUUCUCCGAAGCGUGAACCUGACAACCGAUAUUCUGAUGUUCUUCCUUGACUCGAUCAAGACUGGAACUAAGAUGAUCACAGAGCCCCCACCCAACAAGCGACGACGAACCAGCUCAACCGAUGGCAACCGUGGUCUUGUCACUCAGGCCAGCCCUGAACUAAGCCAGGCUCUUCGACGCGUGACAUUUGUGCUGCAGCUUGUCGAAAACUCAGAACCCGUCUCCCACCCCGAACUUCUGGAUGGGCUCUUCACAGCGCUCUCCGAGCUUCAGCACUUUAGGACUGUCGUUGGAUCGGAACUCGGAUAUUUGCAAACGUUGAUCCUGCGGAGCUUGCUGGCGAUGAUGCCCGCCUACAAGAAUGACAAGAGCCUCAAGAUUGCCACCUCUGGCGGAUACGGCGAUCUUCUCGUUAACUGCAUCCAGAAAUCGUCCAGCCCAGUCGUUCAAAACGCGGCACUGUUAUUGAUUGCCAAACUCGCCACUACGGCUCCAAGCUUAGUGCUCCACAGCGUCAUGCCUAUCUUCACCUUCAUGGGCACCUCGGUCUUACGGCAGAGCGAUGACUACUCAACCCAUGUUGUUUCUCAAACUGUAAAGGAGGUUGUUCCACCCCUCAUUGCUUCCUUGCGCCAGGGCAAGAAGAAUCCUGUUGCAGGAGCCUCAGAGAUUCUCGUCAGCUUCACUACAGCAUAUGAGCACAUUCCAGCCCACCGGAGAAAGGAUCUGUUCUUGGCCCUGGUCGAAACCCUCGGUCCAUCCGAGUUCCUCUAUGCUCUUAUCAGCAUGCUUGUGGACAGAUACGGACCCAGCGAUGCCCUCAUUCAGUUUAUCGUUGACCUUGUAACUAGCUUCAAGGUGGAGGUGCAGCUCCAGACUUUCUUAAAGGUUCUGGAUCUAAUUUCGGACCUCUUCAAGCCCAAGCCUGACAUGUCGUUUGCUCUGCUGGGAGCUGGAGACGAAGGUGAUCAAAAGGAUGUAGAGCAGAUUGCGCUCAGGCAAUUAACAGCAUUCCCAAGUUUCCUAUCAAGCAAGAAACUGAAGGCCGAGAUUGUCGAUCAAGUCCAAACAGAUGAUAUGGAGGCCACCGAGGUGCGCAGGCUGUACGGAAGUCUCAUGGAGGAGAUUCUGAUUUUGUCAGAUACUGUCAAGACGAAGAAGGUGCUCCACUCCAAAUGCGGCGCCGCAUUGUCGAAUCUGCUCAACCUGCUUUCGAUCAGUGAGUUCAUCAAGAUCGUGGAGAACCUACUCGGCCGCGACAACUUGGGUCUCCGCCACAAGGUCCUGCGUGCCUUGGAAGGAAGAGUAGAAAAGGAGAGCAACACAGAACCAUCCUCUAGAGCUGCUCUGUUGGCAUUCUUGCCCCAGCUCACUGCCGCCAUCCGUGAGUCAAACGACGUACGGUACAAGCUGACGGCUGUGACCUGCGUCGACAAGAUUGCAGAGAAGUAUGGCAAGAAGGACAUCGAGGGUGUGGUAGCUGCUGCCCAGACGAUUGCCGGCGAGCACUGCCUUGGCCAGGAGGACAAGCGUCUACGCAUCAUGGCACUCCUGUGCUUGACGUCGUUGGUUGAUGUUCUCCAGGAAGCCGUUGUGCCCGUUCUGCCCCUGGCGAUCCCACGUGCCGUCAAGUACCUCGAGAACAGCAUCAAUGGGGAUGAACCUGACGGUGAACUACAUACGGCAUGCUAUGGUCUUUUGAGCUCACUAGCCGAGCACCUUCCAUUCAUGUUGUCGACUUACCUAGAUAAGAUCCUGCUGAUUUCGAAUAUGUCUGCGGAGGCUGGCCUCGGAAGCGAGGUUGAUGAGAGCCGGGCAAACUGCCUCGAGUUCUUUGCAAAGCGUCUCGAUGCCAAGGAUAUUUUUGCUGCUGUGGAUAGGAACUGGGACAGCGCUGUUCUGGCUGGCUUUACGGCUGUUGCAGAGAAUGUCAACAUUCUGGGAUUGGCUAUCGACAAGCAUUCAAAGACAAACAUCACGAAGAAUGCAACAUUGCUGGCUGGCAUCUUCAUGAAGGCCUUUGAUCUUCGCCGACAAAAAUACCAUGCAAGUGCUGCACCAGCAGUCCUGGAUGAGAUUGCCCAAAUUGAGAGCAGUGUGAACGAGAGGGCACUGAAGAUGAUCUUCAAGCUCAAUGACGCUUCUUUUAGACCAGUAUUUGGACAGUUCAUCGAGUGGGCCAACUCUAGGCUGGCAAAGAGUGACAAGACUGGAAAGGUCCUCCGCCAGUACAGCGUAUACGGGUUCCUCGGGCACUUCUUUGAGAGCCUCAAGUCGAUCGUGACCAACUACGCCACCUACAUGCUGGACGACGCCGUGGCUAUACUGAAGACACUGAAUCCCAAGGUCAAGGAGGAGAAGGAGCUCUGGGCUCGUGUGCUGGCAACAUUGGUCAAGAGCUUCGAGCACGAUCAGGAUGACUUCUGGCAGGCUCCUUCCCACUUUGGGGUCUUGGCCCCGGUGUUGAUGGAGCAGUUUACACACGCGCCAUUAAUUGACGUCGAGGCUGACCUGGUCCCGACUGUGGUGGAGCUCGCGGCGGCCGCGGACUCUCAGGCGCACCAGAAGGAGCUUAACUCGGCGCUGCUCCAGCAUCUGAAGUCAGAGCAGAAGGCAGUGCGGCUGGCGGCAGUCCUGUGCGAGCAGGAACUCACAGACCGUCUUGGAGAGGAGUGGCUGUCCAUGCUGCAUGAGAUGCUGCCCAGGAUCAGCGAGCUACAGGAGGACGACGACGAAGAGGUGGAGAGGGAAACACAUAGAUGGAUUGUCAAGAUUGAGGGCGUGCUGGGAGAGAGCUUGGAUUCUAUGCUUCAGUGA